CUCCCCCCUCCGCUGCCGCGCCCUGGGCUGGGCUGGACGCUGUGCUGAGCGCUGCGGUCCGGAGCCCCCCGGCCCGGCGGGGAUGUGAGGGGCUCCCCGCGCCCCACCAUGGCAGCAUCAGAAGCCCCGGAGGAAUGCGACAUCCUGAUCGUCUUCAGCCAGGAUGCCAGAGAGUGGUGCCAUUACCUCCAGAAAGUGUUCCAGUCGAGCCGGCAGGUGCGCAAUGAGCCCAUCCUGACCUACGAGCUGAACGACGGAGAGGCCAUCGCCAAAGAGGACUCGAGCUUCUUUGCGAAGAGUCGCUGUAUCGUCAUGCUCCUGUCCGCCGAGCUGGUCCAGAGCUUCUACCAGCCGGCCGUGCUGGGCAGCCUCCAGCAGGCCCUCCGGCCCCCGCACAAGGUGAUCCGACUGUUUUGCGGGGUGGACGACUCUGAGGAUUUCCUGGCCUUCUUCGAGGACUGGGCCCUCUGGAAGGAGCUCACCUACGACGACGAGCCCGAGGCCUACGUGGCCGCCGUGAAGAAGGCCAUCUCCGAAGAUUCUGGCUGUGACUCGGUCACGGACACGGAGCCCGAGGACGAGAAGAGCCCCCGGUAUUCGAGGGAGAUUUCCUCCAGUCAGCAGCAGCAGCAGCAGCAGCAGCAGCAGGUCUCGCUCUCGGCCAGCAGUCCUCCGGGGAAGCAGAUGGUGGUCCAGCCGGCUCGGAUCCGCUGUGGGGCCCAGACCACAGUUUACGUUAUCGUGAAAUGUAAGCUGGAUGACCGGGUCAAGACGGAAGCCGAGUUUGCUCCUGAGAGCUCCCCUUCCGUGCGAGUGAGCGCCAGGCUGGAGAAUGAGUACACCGUCGCCAUUGAGGCUCCCAACUUGACGUCUGGGGAAGUUUCCCUGAAAGUCUACUCGGGCGAUCUGGUGGUAUGUGAAACCAAUAUCAGCUACUACACUGACAUGGAAGAAAUCGGAAACUUAUUGGCCAGUGCGGCUAAUCCUGUGGAGUUCAUGUGCCAGGCUUUUAAAAUCGUGCCCUACAACCUGGAAACCUUGGACAAGCUGCUCACGGAGUCCCUGAAGAAGAACAUUCCCUCAAGUGGGCUGCACCUGUUUGGAAUCAACCAGCUGGAGGAAGAAGAUAUGAUGACAAACCAAAGGGAUGAGGAGCUGCCUACGUUACUUCACUUCGCUGCAAAGUACGGGCUGAAGAACCUGACCGCUCUGCUGCUCACGUGUCCCGGAGCCUUGCAGGCCUACAGCGUGGCCAAUAAGUUCGGCCACUACCCCAACACGAUCGCCGAGAAGCACGGCUACAGGGACCUCAGGCAGUUCAUUGACGAAUAUGUGGAAACCGUAGACAUGCUAAAGAGUCACAUCAAGGAGGAACUGAUGCAAGGAGACGACGAUGACUCGGUGUAUGAGUCGAUGGCCCACCUCUCCACAGACCUGCUCAUGAAAUGCUCCCUCAACCCCGGCUGUGACGAAGAGCUGUACGAGUCCAUGGCUGCCUUUGCUCCCGCGUCUACGGAAGAUCUCUAUGUUGAGAUGCUUCAGUCCGGUGCCUCUAACCCAGCCUCAGGAGAGUCAAUCCCUCUGACCACCAAAGAUUCAAUGAUCCGCAAGUUUUUGGAAGGCAACAGCGUGGACGGGGCCGACGUGGACAGCGAGUUGAAUCCCCCGGACGAGAAUGAAGACGUUUACCACACGGUGAACGACGACAACAGCUUUUCUGUGGAACUGGCCAACAGGCCCCCAGUCCCGGUGCCCAGGCCAGAGGCCAGCGUCCAGUCCGGCCCCCACCUGGGUCUGGAGGAACCCUACAUUUCCAAAGUGUUUGGAGAGAGAAGUCGAGAGAGGCCUGGAAACCUGUACACGUCGGCGGAGAGCAUGAGGGCAGAACCAGCCGUCAGGCCUACAAGAGACAGACCCCAGUCAAGCAUAUACGACCCAUUUGCUGGGAUGAAAACUCCCGGUCAGAGGCAGCUCAUUACCCUACAGGAGCAAGUGAAACUCGGCAUCGUCAAUGUGGACGAGGCCGUGCUCCAUUUCAAGGAAUGGCAGCUCAAUCAGAAGAAGAGGUCAGAGUCAUUUCGCUUUCAACAGGAAAAUCUCAAACGACUGAGGGACAGCAUCACCCGAAGACAAAAGGAGAAGCAAAAGUCAGGAAAACACCCCGACAUAGAAAUCACUGUCCCCAUCCGGCACUCCCAGCAGUUUGGCGGGAGAGUGGAAUUCGGGGUCUACGAAAGCGGCCCCAGAAAGAGUGUGUUCCCUCAGAGGAAGGAGCUAAGGCGAGGAGAUUGGAAGACCGAAAGCACCUCAAGCACAGCAAGUAGCGCCAGCAAUCGAUCCAGCACGCGCAGCGUCCUCAGCGUCAGCAGCGGGAUGGAAGGAGAUAAUGAGGAUAACGAAGUUCCAGAAGUCAACAGGAGUCGCAGCCCAGUACCCCAUUCCGGCGACAGAUCAUCCUUCUUGUCCCUCGAGAGGCCUCCGAGGAUCCCUCCCCGAGCAGCUUCCAACAGGCCACCAUCAAGGGAUAGCUUUCUCCCUCCUCCUCCUAUUCCACCAAGAGGUCGCUGAUCCUUUCAAGAUCUUCCUACGGUGGAACACUGGAACACUGCUUUUUAAAAACUGGUCUCUAUUUAGAGGAGAAAAGCCGGUGAUUUUUCGGUACUUCGCGGGCAUAGUCAUGUUGACUUUACUGAGAUCUCCCAGAUUUGGACUGAUUUUAUUUGCUGGUACUAACACAAUGCUGUGAGAACUGGUGUUCCUUAGCCACGAAGAACUGAGGAACCAACAAUUUCCCCGUCACCAGCAGACCUGUUGGGGAUAAAUAUUUUUGUUCGAUCAAAGCCAGAAGAUUGGCCUCAUUCUGGGAUGUGAAAAAGGAAGAGGAUUUUUUUUUUCAAAAGCAUACUUUAUAAAAUAGUUUUCCUGGAAAUGUCUUACCAUAUCACCUCAGGAUGCUCAUAUCCAUGGGAUCGACCCCGGCCACUUGGGGCUUACUGUGGGCCGGGGGAUGAUUUGUGUGGAUUCCGUACAUUACGGCGAGAAGGAGACGGUUGGUGACCUUUGAGAGCGUGGGUUCUCUGGAGCGAAGGGGGCAGAGGCCAGAUUGGAGAGAGGUCAAGGUGAGAAUCGAAGUCUUCCACUUCCAAGGAGAGGAAGUGGAGACAGUAGGUUUGAUUCCCUCAAAGCUUAAUCACAGAAGAGGAAGCCGUGAGCCUGGGGAAGUGGAGGGGAGAUAGCAGUAGCACCCUUAGUUGUGGGGCUUUGGGGUACCCCGACCUCACAAGAAGGAGGCCCUUCCACUUGAACUUCCCUUGGCUUCCACUUGGUGAGGUCAUUUUGUGGGUGGAGAAAGAGAAACCCUGGGAAAUCAUGGGAGAGGGAGGGACCCCCGCUCCAGAGUGGGGUGUUGGGGUUAGCCGCCUGGGAAGAGAGGAGAGGGUAUAUGUCCAGGGAAGGAUGGCCCGAGCCCCUUGGAACGUAGCUAAAUGAAGAAUAGGGGGUCCUGAUAUCAUCUGGUCUUUCCACCUCAAGAUAAUUGUGCUUAAGGGAAUUAUGUUUUGAUGUUGGAAGAGAGAUCAAAAUCACUGUUUUCCUAACUGUGAAAAAAUUUUGGUUUUGGCUUUAAAAUCCAAUUCUUUCCCAGACAUAUCCAUGCAAACAUUCCCCACCCACAGAGACACGUGUUUCAGUGGCCCCGUUUGAACUUGUUUGAAGUUCACCUCCGAUUCCCCCUUUUUUAAACAAUACAUAUGUGACUCUUUGUAGUCCAUCUCCUGGACCUGCUCGGUACAGUGCUCUGCACAUAAUAAGUGCUCAAUAAAAACGAUUGAAUGAAUGAGCAGGAACACGGCCUGCUUGGACAUCUCCUAAAGAUCCAAUCAUUCGUUUUCCCUUUGCUCUUUAGUAGUCAGAACACCCUUCUGUGGGGGUGGAGAAUGCCGUGAGGGGUGAGUGAGGAAGUUGGAGAGUAGGAAAGGGAGAAGAAAUGGGAUGGAUUAGGGUUAAACACAACCUGAAAUCUCAAUCUUUUCUUCUCAAAGUUAAAUAUCAUACACUGAGUCCAACGCAUCUGAGGGGAUCUACGUAGCCCUGUGGAAAAUGAAAAACACAAGGGAGUGCUCUUAUGUUAGAGUGCCGUCAGCAAUCCUGAAUACAGUCUAAAAUCCAGAACUUUCGAAAAUUAAGCACUUCAAAGUGGGUCAGGCCUCAAGAAGAGAAAGGUGAAUCCCAGGAAGUUAUUUUAAGCACAAGAAGGACCUCAUCAAAAUGGCCUUGCAACACUGACCUCAUCCCUUAACAUUUCUACAUAUAUCCUAACCUCAAGUAUCUCACCCUGCCUAAUAAGAAAGAUAAAGACCUUAUCAUCAAGAUUGUGCAUAAGGAAAAAAAACAAAACCCUGCUUAAAAAUAGAGGCUGCAUGUGGAGAUUUAAAUUUCCAUCCUUUCCUAGUUUCUCCGGAUUCCCAGGUACAACACUUCAUUUGUCUGUUGUAAGAUAUUAUCUGUUCAAGGGAGAAUCUAAUGCUCCUCUUCAGAUACGUUGCCAGGAUUCAUAUGCUGGGUAUUAAGUCCUUCAGUGUCCUCAGGAAAAAGGUGCUCCACAAACAGAAGCCAUUUACAAAAUCUAGCCGAAGAGAUGCCUCAAAGUCUAAAUGCCAUGGAUUCAGAAUGGGGAACUUUGUUACAAGUAUCUUGGUAUCCUAAUAAAAGAGAUUUUAUUUAUUUCUUUAUCACUGUGCAAUAUUUAGUCAUCAGAAGGAAUUUAGGAAAUGUAAACUAGCUGUGCUAGCUGAUAAAUAGUCUCUCUCUUUUGGUAAAAUCAUCCGACCUACUGAUGCUUCAUGCCGAAUUAGUUUAGUUUGAAUGUUUAACUUGAUUUAAGAAAUUUUUUUAAUGUACAAGUUUUGUGAAAAUAAAUCUAAGGUUAGUACUGACA